AUGCAGCCAGUUGCAGCCAAAGUCCCGCUAAACCACAGGACACCCUUUUCUGUGGAGGAUAUUUUGGAUCCUACAAAGUUUACGAGGAGAAUAAUCUGUGCCGAGGAUGCAACAGGAGCUUAUUCUCCCAGAGAUGAACCCAGAAAACAACAGCUGCAUCCUCCGACCGCUGGGAGCUGCAGCCCGGAUGAGGAGGCUCCGUGUCCGCCGGGGAAGCUCCAGAGGCCGGAGGCUAAAAGCCGACGGAUCCGCACCGCCUUCACCAUGGAGCAGCUGCAGAUCCUGGAGCGCAGCUUCCGGAGGUGCCACUACCUGUCGGUGCUCGAGCGGCACACCGUCGCCUCGGCCAUGCGCCUCUCCGAGACACAGGUCAAGAUCUGGUUCCAGAACCGGCGCACCAAGUGGAAGAAGGAGCGACCGCGGGGGAGGGAGGAGGAGGAAGAGCACGGCUUCCCAUCAUCAUCCUCCUUCUCCUCUCCUCUGACCGACAGUCCGCUCUACUGGCAGCCGCGCGCUCCACUGCAGAUGUUCGCGCCGCUGCCGCUCGCGCCUUUUCAUCAUCAUUAUUACGCACGAUGA